AUGAACAAAGAUGUCCUAGUCCUUGUAUUUUAUGGGGGGUCACUGGAAAUUGGAUUUAAUGACUCAACGGUCCCUGAAAUACACAUUUCCCUUCAAGAUACUGUCGAUAUACAUGGCGUAUUGAGACAGCAUCUGAAACCAAUAUUCCGCGAAACCCAACCGCGAAGUGCUUUCGUUGCAGAGAGCGUCCUGCUUUCAGAUAUUCAAAGACGCCAGGUUUUCUUGGCUCUACAAGAUGGUGUACCGUUCGAGAAAGUGACGCUCAUUCCACUAUCCAUGAUAGUGUACCGUUCCAUGAAACAAGACGCAACAUUGAUUAUCGGGGUCGAACAAGAUUGUACCGCUGUUGUUCCUGUGGCGUAUUCUUACAUUUUAGACAAUUGCAUAGGAUUGACGACAAGGUGGAAAGCAAAUAGCGAACUUCGCCUUCUUCACGAACUCUUCGAAAGUAUAGACGAUAAUGAUAUUAUUGUUGAGAAUAACGAACUACCCUUGCCCCAACUGAUAGAACAUGUCAUAAAUUCAGCACCAGUAGACAUGCGGAAACAACUAAGGACCAACAUUGUGGUUGUCGGAGACACUGACGGCGUCAUAACAUCUGAGUUGCACAAGCAGGGCAACUACAACCAUGUGGUGGAUUGCCAUGAUAGCUGGCUGAAAGUAUGCGAUUACGUGACAAAUUUUGAUGAAAAGAGAAGUCCUAACAAGUUUGAACGAGUCCCCCUUAACAAGUAUUGUGAGAAGAAUGACUGGUAUAGAUCAAAAUUUUCAGUAUGA